CGCGGCUGCUCCGAGUGAAUACGUGUACCUCCGCUGCCUUUGCAGCGCAAAGUCCAACCACGGAUCGCCCCGCGCCCGCCGCCGUCGUCUUACGUUCCGUGUGGUGAGGUGACACGUGAGCCGCGUGUCCCCGUCGUUUAAAAGGCCGUCCCCCGGGGUGACGAUGGGACGCGGGUGUCGCGCGCGCGAUUCAUCCGAUCAGUGCUAGAUCCCGCUGCAGACCAACCAGCUAACCAGAUCCCGCGGGACGUAUACCUCGACAGCAGGUUGUCCGCAGGACACCCGAGACACGCGCGAGACACCACCGGAGGAUCGUAACUCGGACGGCGAGAUAUCUGCCGCGUCAUGCCCUCCAGACGGAACAAGGGCGGCCUCCUGGCCAGGGUGAAUUUCCCCCUUUACACCCUGCAGAUGCUCACCAGCAGGCACAUCCUCGUGGGCGGCGGUGGCGGCUCCUCCAAGACUGGCGUUGCCAAUGGAUUUGAAAUUUUUGAAUUGUCACACAAUGGAGCACACUUUGUUGCCGAAGAGGUGACCAGGCACGAGACGGGUCCCAGCGUGGUGAUGAACUGUGCCGCGCACAACAAUGGCAAGAAGACGUGGAUAGUUGCUGGCCAGGAGAGUCACUGUCAACUGUACAAUGUGAAUCUCAAGGUGGUGACGUCGGAGAACGGUGAAUUGAUCAAGGGGCCGGCAGCGGCGGCCAGCAGAGAUGGCCUCAGGCACAGGCGGAACAGCGAGAGAGUCGAGGAAGCUCAGUCGCCGAAGGAGAGGAUAGAGGAGAUCAAGGAUGACAAUUCUAAUGUCAAGAGCAAGAAGCUUCAGUUGAUUCUCAAGCCCGCCGAUAGCGUGCAGACGGCUUUCGGGAACGGCGAGCCUCUGCAAAGAGUCGUCAGGGUGAGCUUGCAGGGGACGAUAAUGGCCACGGGCAGCACGGACGGUAGAGUCAGAGUGUGGAAGUUCCCGCAGUUGCACAAAUUGCACGAUCUCGACGCGCACGGGAAGGAGAUAGACGACCUGGACUUCAGUCCGGACGGCAGUCUGCUGGUGAGCAUCGCCAAGGACGGGAAGGCCUUCCUGUGGAGCCUGAACGACGGCACGAGGAACAAGGAGCUCACCUGGACACCGCCGGACGGAACCGCCAAGUACAUGUACAAAAGGUGCCGAUUCAGAAAAUUGGCGGAGGACAAAACGCGGCUCGAUCUGUUCGUGCUGUCCAACGCCGUCGCGGCGAAGAAUCCCAGUUUCCUUCAGCUGUGGGACGUCCACACCGGGGCCAUCGUCAAGUCCGCCCCCUACAAGGAAGCCCUGUCCGCGCUGGCCGUAUCCGACGACGGUAAAUUCGUCGCCGUCGGCACGAUGUUCUCGGGCAGCGUCGACAUAUUCGUGGCGUUCAGCUUGAGGAAGGCGCUCCACGUCCCCGGGGCGCACAGCAUGUUUGUCACCGGUCUCGAAUUCCUGCCAACGAAACUGGACGGUCCCGCGAUUACCAGUAACACGGAGACCGCGGUCGUCAGUAUCUCCGUCGACAACAGGAUCUGCAUACACAACAUACCAUUCAGACAUACACUGCCAUUCUGGUUUGUCGUCAUACUGAUAGUCUUGUGCGUGAGCGGCGCAUUCAUCCUCUGCAGUUAUCUCGGUAUAUGACGUACGAAAUGCGCGACCGAGUCGAUGAAGCGAGACAUCAUCUUUUCCUAAUUGUUAUAUCAGGCCGAUUGCCCGUGCGAGAUUAAAAGUAAAUUUGCAUCGAUUCACUUCGUAAAAAAAAAAAAAAAAAAAAAAAAAACGGUGCUCAAGAGUCUUACAUAAUGGAGUAUCUUGCAUAACGAAUCGGAAAUUAUUUGCGUAAAAGCAGCAGCGCUAACGGGAUCUCGACGCGCAUGAUAUAAUUAGCGCAACAACGUACACUGUAACUGUGAAUAUGCACAGCGUAAUAGGGUGUGAGAGGUAUUCUCGGUUCGUUUAGGCGAUUACGAUCGUUACCGUACACGAUCUUAAUAGUUGAAUUCAUCGGAGUAGACAAGAUUUUCAGGAAGCGUCCGCGCGAUUUAGAUAUAGACGUGACGUCAGUCGGGGUGCUACUGUGAUAAAUAAACUAUGUUGGAGUGCUUCCAACAGUUCGGGGCCGCACCAACACAGCACAUUGAUGUACAUAUAUAUAUAUAGGUAUUACGUUUUCAAUCAAUUUUUUAGCACGAAAGGGAGGGAUUUAACGGUAACGCGCUCUGCGUCGCGAUUAUUUCUCUUCCGCACGAGUACGCUUAAAUGGUUUCGUUUUGUGGCGAGCAAUUCGAGAAUUGUGUGGGUUUCUCGUACUUACGGCGAACGAUCAUACCCCUUUGUAUGUCGCAUAGACGAAAAGCCACAACUCAUCGCAUUUAUGUGUUACGUGUACGUACACUGGUAACUAGUAUAUUUUUUCUGAUUAUAUGUCCCUACUUUCUUUAUGAAGAUGUAAUAUACACGAAUGAUGAAUAAAUUUCGUUACGAUCGACGGUGUAUCAGCGGUAAUCAUUGCUACGUUUCGCGAACUGAGCUUAAUAGGUACCGUUAUUUAUUUAGGCACUUUCUAAAGUUUCUUAAUUUAUUUUUGCAAUGCGUAUAUUCGGUAUAUUUUUAUCGCGAAAUUGUCCAGCUAUUGAUGGAGAUUUAUUUGAUUAAAAGUGCACAUGUAUGUGGAAUCUUUUCCGCUCGCAGAAGAUUGUGCAAUGAAUUUGUAAGCGUCUUGACCAUUUCAUUAAUAAUAAAUAAUUAAAUAUAUAUUUUAUCGUGAAA